CCCCUCAGCAGUGCCAACAGGGGACCCUUGGGAGCCGUCCGAGUUUCCUUGGUGACUGUUGCCAGGUGAGAAACUCUAAGGCAGAAUUUAUCUUGGUGGAGAACGGGAGAUGUUCCUCACUGGGGCUGUUACUGGACCCAGAGCCGGCACUGUGCUGGGCCAGGCACCUCGCUGAGAGCAGUGACAGUGGUGACAGCGGGGUCCCCGAGGGCAAGCUGUGCACGGGGUGCUGGGGCUGUGUGGCCUCUGGGAUCACUGCCUGGAGGGCAGCACGUGGCGUGGGGCUAUUUCUGCCCAUUGGAGAGCAGCAGGCAAGGGAAGGAGGUGACACCACAGAGACCACGGAGAAGUGUGGAGGGAACACGGGCUGUGCUGUCACGGCUUCAUGGAUCCUCUCAGGAUGGCGGCGCGGCGGGGCUGAGCGGCGCCGGGGCCGCGAUGGACGGCCCGGGAGAGGGGCAGCCGCCCGCCGCCGCCCCGUCGAGGGCGAAGCUGCCGCUCGGCAUCGUCUUCUCGACGGCGCUGUUCUGCGGGGAGAGCGCGGCGGCCGCUGUCCUCUGCUUCUCCUACAGCCACUCCGACGACCGCUUCUGGCUGGCGCUCACCAUCUUCUUCGUGCUCUGCCCCUCCGUCCUGGUGCAGCUCACUCUCAUCUUCGUGCAUCGCGACCUCAGCCGCGACCGACCGCUCGUCCUGCUCAUGCACUUGCUGCAGCUGGGGCCCAUCAUCAGGUGUGUGGAGGCCCUGGUGGUGUACUGCUGGUCGGGGCAGGAAGAGGAGCCCUACGUCACCAUCACACGCAAGCGGCGGCUGCGCAAGGGCUAUGAAGUGGAGCUGGAGCAGGAGGUGGGCCACUCGGUGCGCCGCCUGGCCACCCACCGCAAUGCCUUCAAACGCAUGGCCGUCAUCCAGGCCUUCCUGGGCUCCACCCCGCAGCUCACCCUGCAGCUCUACAUCAGCAUCUUGGAGAAGUAUGUCCCCAUUGCACGAGCCAUCCUCAUGGGCAUCUGCCUGGUGUCGGUCACCUACGGGGCACUUGUCUGCAAUGUCCUGGCCAUCCAGGUCAAGUACGAUGACUACAAGGUGCAGCUGCGCCCGCUGGCCUUCCUCUGCAUCGUGCUGUGGCGCAGCCUGGAGAUCUCCACUCGUGUGGCUGUCCUGGUGCUCUUCAGCACCGUCUUCAAGCACUGGAUCAUCCCCAUUGCCUUGGCCAACCUGCUGGUGGUCUUCUUCCAGCCCUGGGUGCAGUUCUGGCGCAGUGGCACGCGGCUGCCCGACAACAUCGAGAAGAACUUCAGCCGGGUGGGCACGGUGGUGGUGCUGUUUGCCUUCACCCUGCUCUACGCCAGCAUCAACAUGUUCUGCUGGUCGGCUGUGCAGCUCAAGUUGGCCGACCGGGACCUCAUCGACAAGUCACAGAACUGGGGCCGCUUGGCUGUGUACUACGUGGCCCGGCUGCUGGAGAACACGGCGCUGGUCGUUCUCUGGUACUUCUUUAAGACUGAUGUCUAUGAGAACAUCUGUACAUUGCUGCUGGUGGUGCAGCUGCUGCUCGGCUACUGCCUGGCCAUCUACUUCAUGCUCCUCUUCUUCCAGUACCUGCAUCCGUGCCGCCAGCUCUUCCGACACAACGUUGCUGAUUUCCUCCACUGUGUCUGCUGCCGGCGGUCCCUGGACGGUGCAGAGCUCCUGGAGGCACCACAUGAACCUGGUGUGAGGCACAGCAUUGUCUGAAGCACAGCCUGGGAGUA